UGGUUAGAGACACAAGCUCUCUGCUGACACAAUAACCAGAGAUUUACAACCUCUCUGCCUGGCUUGCGUUGUCCUGUGUGUAUCUGACCAGACUGUUAGUGUGCAGGUCCCGCCACAGUUUAAGGAUCUAUUUUGCUGGCGUACUGCACAACCACCAGGCUGAAAAGAGCAGCUCUUGUCUGAGUGACUCUGCAAGAUAUUCAAGUACCACAAAAUCUCCUCCUAUUCAUCCUACCGCUCUAUUGAUUUCAGCAGCAGCACAAUGGGGACCUUGAGCUCCAAGGCUUGGUACAAAAGAGACGCCCGGGUGGUGAUGCUGGGACUGGAUUUUGCUGGCAAAUCCACCAUCUUGUCUAAAUUGAAGAGCAACGAGCUUGUGGAGACUUUCCCGACAGUGGGCUUCAAUGUGGAGUCUCUGAAAACCCCGUGUCAUCUACCCUUGACUCUCUGGGAUGUGGGUGGUCAAGCCAAGCUCCGCGCUAGCUGGAAGGACUAUCUGGAAGACACGGACACUCUCAUCUUUGUGCUGGACAGUGCCGAUAAAACCCGGCUGCCAGAGGCAAUGGCUGAACUGGAGAAAGUUCUGAACAACGUAAACAUGACAGGGGUUCCAGUCUUGCUUCUGGCCAACAAGCAGGAGCUGCCAAGGGCCCUGUCUCUCUCAGAGCUGCGAGAGAUGCUGAAUCUGGAAUGGUUCAGUGGCCGAAGCUGGGAGCUGAGAGGGUGCAGUGCUCACACUGGCGAGGGGCUGAGGGAAGCCUUAAUGGCCCUGGCAGGACUUCUUAAGAGCCAGGAUAAGAAUUCCAGUGAAUGUGUCUGUGCGCCACUCCAGUGAUGAGGAUGUCUUUAAUCUCGGACGUGACUGGAGGGGGCAACUUGAGCAUGAAACUGGAAAAUCAGGUAACUUCUUCCACUAGUAAUCCCUCAGCACUCUGUUCAUCUCAGAAAUACCCCCUCUGCUCCUGGUAUGAUUAAUGGAACUCCAUAUGGCACGUGUAAUAUUCCAAAAUAUCCCAUAGUUCUACUGCAGCAUGAAAUCACAUCAGAAACCCCCCUUAGCAAAGCUGCAUUUGUGGACAGCAAUGUUCUUGACCUUGCCUUGCCAGUUUUUCCUAAUCUGCUGCACCAGUAAACUCAGCUCUCACUACAGGUAUUACUUGGGAGACAUUUAUUAUUUUGUUCAUGUUAAAUGUCUUACUCUAUGCAUUCUGGAUAUGGGUUUUGACCUGAUGAAGAAGAUAUUGCUGGGGUCAGUCUUUAUUGUAUUCCUCUAAACUCAGAUGCACUCAGUGCAGAGUAACAGUCCCCGAGGGGAUAUAUUUGAAUGACCUCAGUUCCACUUCUCUUACAACUUAUAGCAGAUGUUUAUUGAUCUGAAACAGAGCAGAAUGGAAAGAGAAUGGCUGAACAGAAGAAAUUAAGCACAAGAAUUUAAACAACUCAUUGGCAAUUGGUUUUAGCAGUGUCCUUUGUGAGCACCAUGCUGGGCCACCGAAGCGUGAUCAGGAUUAGGUCGUGUGUUAUGUUUUUAGAACGUAUGUGUGGAUUUGUGCGUAUCCUGUUGUGUAUCAUUUUUGACAUGUAUUUAGACAUGCUUCAUUUUUAUUGAAACAAGACUGUAAAUGAUAAUCGCUUGUCCUUGGGUUAAUUUAAAACCUGAGAAAAUCAAACAGGAAUGAGCACUGUGAUGAGUUUUAAAUGCUAGGAACAGAUGUGUGCUCACCAGAGCUCUAAUCCAUCUCAAAAUGUCCUGAUGCUGAAAUCUAUUAGACGGUGGACUAGUUUGACAAGAGGAGUGCUAGGAGACCUGUCUAUUGGGUGUUUUAAAAUUAGACUAGACAAAACACUAAAUAUGUACUGUAGAAAAGGCAGGGUGAUAGUCUAGACUAGAGGACCUUAACUUCUGCUGUUUUCAGUGGGAGUUGAAGUACUCAGCAGUUGUCAGGUACUGCUGGGCACAUUUCAGGAUCAGGCCCCAGAUAUGUAGUGAAAGUCUCUGUUUGAUUCCAUUGACUUUUACACUGAAGAGUGGCCCUGUGAAGCCACUCCUGUAGCGAGGGCACAUUCAAACAACAUGGAACCUUUUGUUAAACUUGGAAAUUUAAACCAAACCAAAACCACAUUGAUUAAGAUGAAAAACCUUAGUAUGUUUGUUAGCCUGUACUAGAUUAUUAUGCUAUCAAUAGAAAAGAGGGGGGGAAAAAAACCCCAGUCCAAGAAUAUUAGGCAGCUGGAGUCAGCAAGUUUCAAAGAGGAACAUACACAUGAGGCAAAACCAAAAAGAAGCAUGCACUUUUCUUCUCAUCACCUCAACGCAUUUUACAGACAUGAAUGACUUAACCCUCAGAAGAUUACUGGGAAGUAAGGCAGUAUUAUCCGCCUCCUUUUACAGAAGGUAAAACUGGGGUCAGGUUAAAUAAUGUGACAAGAAGCCCGUGGCAGGGUAGGAAUAGAACUGAAGCCACCUGACUCCCAGUGUUAUGCUCUAGCCACAAGAUCAUUGAUGGGAAAUCCCCCCUAACAGAAAUCCUUCCUAGUGAGACAUGCCAGAAUUUUCAGCCACACUGUACAAUGUAAGGCAUAGUAUGUGCUAUGCUGUGAAAGUACAUAAAUGGCCCAGUUUUGAUUUGGCAUAAAUGAUUGUUGCUAUGAGUAAGAGUGCCAUAUACUAGACUUGCUCUGAAAUGCAUAGUGAACCUGUGUUCUAGGCAAGGCUGUAGCUUUAUGUUACAAACAAACACAUGAUCAUGUGAAGGAUUUGGUCUUAAGAACAGUUUGAAACUGCAGUUACUGUAAACGGGUUGAUUUUCCCAUUGUUGCUUGUAAAUGCAAGAUUCCAAUAAACUGAAGAGAUCACUGAGACCUCAGAUACGAACUGAAUCAUUUUAGCUUCCACUUGUCACUAUGGCUCUUUCUCAAUCUCCUUACCCAGCCAUCUGAACGCAAUGGGUCAGAUUCUCACUCCCCACUCCAGCCUCUUAACACC